AUGGCAGCUGUUUUAGACGCCGCUAAGCUACGCAUUUUUCAAAAUGAACAGCCUGCUGUGGUCCCGAAUCCCGACAAAAUACAGUUUGGAAAGACUGUCACUGACCACAUGCUUCAGAUACAAUGGACAGAGUCUGAAGGCUGGCACGAGCCCCGCAUCGUUCCCUAUGGAAAUCUGAGCAUUGAUCCUACCGCUGGAGUCUUUAACUACGCCUUUGAGUGCUUCGAAGGCAUGAAGGCAUACAAGGACGCACAGGGCCGAGUACGACUAUUCAGACCAGAAGUCAACAUCGCACGAUUGAAUCAAUCCGCAGCUCGAGUCUCACUCCCAACUUUCGACGCCAAGGCCUUUCUAAAUCUUCUAAUUGAAUUUGUGGCGAUAGAGUCUCGGCACAUCCCAGCCACCCGAGGGUACUCACUCUACCUUCGCCCGGUCUUAAUUGGAACAAAUCCCGGACUGAGUGUGUCCGCGCCGACCUCGGCUCUUCUAUACGUGGUCGCAUCACCCGUGGGAUCGUACUUCCAAAACGGACUCAAAGCGAUCACGCUAGAAGCGGCCAGCAGCUCGCAAUGGGUGCGUGCGUGGCCUGGAGGGAGCGGAAGUCAUAAAGUCGGAGCCAACUAUGCCCCCUGCAUGGUGGCGGAAGCGGGGGUCCGACAACGGGGCUCUGAUCAGGUCCUCUGGCUCUUCGGGAAAGACGAUUUGCUGACAGAGGCCGGAACUAUGAAUUUGUUUAUCGUGUUCCGGCGACCGGAUGGGAGUCGCGAGCUCGUGACACCGCCGUUGGAUGGCACGAUUUUACCAGGUGUCAAUCGUGAUUGUGUGCUGCAAUUGGCUCGGGAACGAUUAGAGGUCCAUGGCUGGACGGUUCAGGAACGGAGUAUCUCCAUGCGUGAGUUGGAGACUGCUAGCGCUGAUGGAAAUUUGGAGGAAGUGUUUGGCACAGGCACGGCGGCUGUUGUCAGUCCGGUCGGAUCUAUUCGCUGGAAGGGAAGGACGAUCAGGUGCGGGGUGUCAGCACAGGGUGAAGUGACGGGCAAGAUGAGGAGAUGGAUUGAAGCUCGGCAAUAUGGCGAAGAUGAGCAUGAGUGGAGUGUCUUGGUUGAUAAACUCAGUAAGAACUCAGAUUAG